CAUUCAUAGGCUUGUUUUGAAAAUCAUCGUAACCUAGGUCACAGUUAUAUAAGAGAGUCUAUCCUGGAAGCUCAUUAAUCAAAUGCUGUUCACAGAAUAAAGAUUACAGAUAUCUAUUGACAUUGACUGUUAAUUACUUACUACCUAAUACUUUGCUAGCAUAAUAGCGGUGUGCCAGUCAACAAUUAGUCAUAUUUGGUUGAAGCUGUCACCCUUUGUAUGUCGGGGUAGUGAGGCGUGGCCGUGCUCAUAUAAAGUGUAGUGAAUGACCAUCAGCAGCACUACCAUGGUGGCUGUAGCAGUGAACAUGUGCCUUAUCAAGUAUCAUGUGCUGAUUUUAUGUUUAAUAGUCGCGGAGUGCUAUGCUCUGAAUUGUCGCUCAGAUGGCGGACCGAAAGAAGCCGAGCUAAAGAAUAUUUACAAAAAAUGUUUAAAGAUGCAAACAGACAACAAAAACUCUAGCAAAGGGAACUCUGAUCAAGACUGGAAGGAGGCUCGAGGUCAACAGAGGAACGAUUGGGAUCGAACCCGGACUGGAAGCAAAGAGAACCGGAAUAGAAAAGAGGAGAGAUUGGGGAGAGACAGAAUGGACUCCAGUGGUAUGAGAGACAAUAAAGAUGACAUGAUGGGAAGUAGAGCCGAUGAUAGAAUGGACAGAAAUUACGAGAGAAAAGGUAAUGACAACCAGAGGGGCAGGAAUAAUGACAGAACAUCCAAUAACAAUAGUAAUGACAAGACGGGAAAUCGAAGUAAGAAUAACAGGAAUGAAAUGACAGGUAACCGAGAAAAUGGAAGGAAUGAUUUUAUCAAUGGAAGAGAGGAUUUCCAGCAGAGCGAUGAAUAUGAGACAGAUAUGUCCAAAUACAACAACUAUCACUCUACCCAACCACCGCGAAGAUACAAGAGGGACAGGCGUCCAGAAAACUCCGGUAAGAGAAGUCAAUACAAUCCAAACGCACAGAGGAUAAACGGUUACGAGGAUAACAGCUUCAGGUCAGAAGAGAGGAAUUCAAGUGAGAAUAAUUCUAGCAGGGAGUCAGAUAAUAAGGCUUGUGCGUUGCAUUGCUUCUUGGAGAACUUGGAGAUGACGGGUGAGGAUGGGAUGCCAGACCGCUACCUGGUGACUCACGCCAUCACCAAGAAUGUUAAGAACGAGGAUCUAAAGGAUUUCCUGCAGGAAUCCAUUGAAGAAUGUUUCCAGAUCCUUGAUAAUGAAAACACUGAAGAUAAAUGCGAAUUUUCAAAAAACUUGUUGCUGUGUCUAUCUGAGAAAGGAAGAUCUAAUUGUGAUGACUGGAAAGAAGACCUGUUCUAG